UCCUCUUCCGUCCUUCUUUUGACAUUCAAUUCCUUAUUUACCUGUACUUCUCUACUGUCUCGCAAUUCUUUCUUGCAACUCUUCUUCUCCUAUCUUUUAUAACCGUCACCUUUAUAUCGUGAAAUCCUGUCAUAAUGUCCGACAACUUCCAGGAGCUCGCCGAUAUCCCCAAGGACUUUGUCCGCGACGGUUCGCUGUUCGUCAAGAGAUGCACCAAGCCCGACCAGCGUGAAUUCAUCAAGAUCAGUCAGGCCGUCGGGAUGGGUUUCCUUAUCAUGGGUGCCAUUGGGUACUUCAUCAAGUUGAUACACAUCCCCGUGAACAAUAUCCUUGUCGGCGGCGCAUAAUUGCGGAGCGCAGUCGUUUUCGAAUUUUGAUACCAAUGCACAACAAAACUAGGAGUUGAGGAGGGUCACCAGAGUCAUGAUACCACGUGUCGUCGGGCGUAUUCAUCUUAUUUCGUCACCAAUGGGCUCAUCCUAGGGAAUCAAUCGGCAGGGGGCUAUAACGGAUACUGGGAUUGAACGUCACAUUUCCUUCGAAGCACUAUACUCUUUGGGCACCGGAUGCGGCUCGGGGCAGAGAGAGUCGCGGUGAUGAGAUAUCCCCUUACUAUGGCUUACUUCGUAUUUUUGUAUAAAUAAUGCUGUUUCAUGAAAUUUAUCCAAAGCGAGACAACCUGUGCCUGCUUUAUCACGAAGC